AUAAUUCAUCUCCCAGAAGUAGCUUUGAUAGAUGUUGUUGGGUUUUUGACAUUGUCAGAGCGCUACUACUUGAGCCUGACCUGCCACAGGUUUCAUAAGCUAUUUAGUCAUCCCAGGUUCUGGGCUGUGUCAAACAUAAAGAUAGACACAUCUGAUCAUCACAGCGGUACAAUUGUCAGAUGGAAUGGGAUGAUUUUAUCGCAGGAAACUCUGGCCCUCAUCUUUAAAAGAUAUUCCCAACAUUUUCAAAAUUUAGCUUUCGAGAUGAGUAACUUUCAAGCUCUUGACGACACAUGUCGCAUGUUGCUACAAGAUUUAAAUACAGAUUGCCGUUUGAAGUGCAUUACUCUCAAGCUAGGAUCAGUGCGCACUAACAAUACACAAUCGCAGCAGAUAUCCAGCCAGCAAUCCAAUGAUUUGGCACUUAUCGAGAGUUUAAUUUAUAAUUCUACAAGAUUGCAGCACAUCAAUAUUAUCUCCUGGCCGGUCGAGUCUGGUAUUGUUGAAGAGCUGGGCAAGUGUCCCUUGUUUUCUGCUCUUCUAAGCAACACAAAACUGUCACAGUUAAAAUCUCUAAAUCUCUACUAUGCAGAUCACAAAAUGGGACCUUGGACUCCUUUCAUUCCCAGGCUACCGUCAACGGCUUCAACAUUAACCUUGGUGUCACAUUUUAAGUAUUUAAAAUGUUUGUCUUUGAGGUCACCGAUGCUCAGUGAUGAACUUUUGCGUGAGAUUGUGUCAGAGAAAAGAAGUAGACUUGAAGCGCUCAAAAUUUUGAUAAUGCCCUCCAAUCAUCCUAACAACCACAGAACCCCUGAUAUUUCACCAGGGACUUGGUCUGCAGUGACAUUAUCUUCACCACAGCUAAAAGUGGAAUAUUUAAUAUCUACCAGAAUACCCUUUGAACAUCUGAGAAAAAUGCUGACUCCAGAUAUACCACUUGCCUCUGUGAUCAUUCUUAAUUAUGGCAAAUGUGAUAAAGAGCUGAUUGAAAUUAUGCCUGAGUACUAUAGUGCGACAUUGGAGAAUUUCACGAGCUUAUGUGAUUCACCGGAAAAUGAUGAAGCUUUGAUUAAGGUGGUUACCACAUGUCCACAGCUUAAAUCUUUGUGUUACUACGGAGAGAUAUCUUACUUGAGCAUUAUAGAAAUGGCCAGGAUUAUCAGCUUGCAGGGAAGGAAAUUUGAUUGUUUUAAGUUUAAUCCAAAAAAUGUCAGAACUAAUCUGGACCCUGGUGAGAAUGACGAAACAGUCAUUAAGAAGAAUGGGUCAAGUGAAGAAUAUGAUCUGGUUGCAGUGCGGCAGUGGCAUAGGGAUGAGGAUGACCACCAGAAGAAACUAGACAUCAUGGCCGAGUCGGUAUCACGGGCUUUAGGUUACCAUUGGUACCUAGAGAAGUAACUACUAAUAGUACCGGGUACCUAGAGGAGUAGGACAUUUCUCAACUUCAGAUUUUAGCUUACCGGUACCAUUAGUACCUAGGGAAGAAACCAACCAUUGGUUCGAUACUCUAACUAUAAUGGAUUAUUUUUAAAAAGAAA